UUCACCAAACGGAUAUAAAAGCACCACCUGACCGAGACACCACCUUAUACCAACACCAACCUGCUGCUAUGUGUAAAGGACUAGCAUCACUGCCUACCUGCUUGGAGAGGGCAAAGGAGCUGAAAGCAAGGCUGGGAAGCUUUUUGCAAAAACCCAACUGGAGUGUAUCCUGUUGCAAAAUAGGGAAAAAUAAGCCAAACCUGGAGGAAUGCCUUAGGUGGAAAGAAUCUUUUGAAAAACUCCUGUCCAGCAAAUAUGGACUGUGUGCCUUCACAACCUUCCUGGUCUCUGAGUUCAGCGAGGAGAACGUUGCGUUCUACUUUGCCUGUGAGGAUUACAGGAAUACCAAGUGUCCUGCUAAACUACCCGCUAAAGCUCGGAAGAUCUAUGAUGAAUUCAUUGGCAGUGAAGCUCCCCGGGAGAUUAAUAUUGACCAUGAAACCCGUGACAUCACCAAAGCCAACAUGCAGACCCCCUCAUCUUCUUGCUUCGACCUGGCACAGCAUAAGAUCUACAUGCUCAUGGCCAAAGACUGCUACCCUCGCUUCCUCCGCUCCCCAGCCUACAGGGAUCUAGUGUGCCAAGCCAAGCCCAGCGCCAAGGCCACUAAGCACCCCCAGCAGGAGAAGAAGGUGUGAAAUCUGUCCACAAGCCUACCAGGGAUUUGUUAGUGAUCGCCUUAAGAUUUGAGAAAGCAAGGGAUGUAUGGCAUUAAGUGCUGCAUUAUGAAGCCAGUGCCGACACUGUUGUAGAUGCACAGAUCAUCCUGAGAGAAGCAGUGCAUGAGGAUAAUCUGUAGAGGCUCUCUCUUCAGACAUGAGAAAAGAUUGAAGAGAAAGGUAAAAUAAAGGAAACGUUGAAGGCUGAUGCCUUGAAGUGGACUGCGGUGUAAGUGCAGAUGGAGUUUGGGCAGCAAAGAGAAAGUUAUACUAAAGAGACUGAAUGACAAUCAAACAGGAGGGCAGCAGAAGUGAGAAAUGCACUUUUCUUUGCCUUCAGGCAAACUUUUGUGGUUGUGAUGUGCAAUGUCCCUCUGUCCAAGUUGUACACUUUUUUUGAACAGGCAUGUAGGGUACUUGAUGAAUUUGUAUUUGUAUUUAUUUGUAUUUAUUUGACGGUAAUAUAUUUGUUGCAUUUUUAUCAAACAAAGAUGAAAACAAUGUGCAAUUUAAUUUAUACUGUAAUAUUUAUAUCACUGUUGUCUUUUUUUUUUUUUUUUUUUUUUUACGUACCAGCAAAUAAACUAGA